CGGUCAUAUCGUCCCAUCUGUACAAGAAUACAAAAACUGACUCACACUAUUCCAAUAUGUGGAGGAAACUCGUCGAACUCCACUCCAGUGAGUACAGAAUAGAAAGAAAAAUCUAAGCUGGUGGCUCCAGGCGUUGCCAAGUCAGCUUAAGAAUAUCAAGCCAUCCUCAAUAUUAGCAAGUAUCAACCAAUCACAACACAGAUAAGGAUCUUCAUUAGAUAAGGACCUUCCAAUUUCCUCUCUCAUAUUUAAUUAUUUAUACUCUCAGUCCUUCCCAUUGCCAAUUCAAUUCAAUUCUACGCUUCUAACUUCACAUUUCUUUCAUUUUUCCUUCUCUUCUUUCAGUAGUAACAAAUGGCUGCUUCAACAAUGGCUUUGUCCUCCCCUUCCUUCGCCGGACAGGCGGUGAAGCUGUCCCCAUCCACCCCUGAACUCAUGGGUAACGGAAGAGUCUCCAUGAGGAAAACCACCAAGGCCCCCGUUUCAUCCGGCAGCCCAUGGUACGGCCCAGACCGUGUUAAGUACUUGGGCCCAUUCUCCGGCGAGCCCCCAAGCUACCUCACCGGUGAAUUCCCCGGUGACUACGGGUGGGACACCGCCGGGCUCUCCGCCGAUCCCGAGACCUUCGCCAAGAACCGUGAGCUCGAGGUGAUCCACUCCAGGUGGGCCAUGCUCGGAGCCCUCGGGUGCGUCUUCCCUGAGCUCUUGGCCAAGAACGGAGUCAAGUUCGGUGAAGCCGUCUGGUUCAAGGCCGGAUCCCAAAUCUUCAGCGAAGGUGGGCUGGACUACUUGGGCAACCCAAGCUUGAUCCACGCACAGAGCAUCUUGGCCAUCUGGGCCACCCAGGUUAUCUUGAUGGGUGCCGUUGAAGGCUACAGAAUUGCCGGUGGCCCGCUCGGUGAGGUGACCGACCCGAUAUACCCGGGUGGAAGCUUCGACCCGUUGGGUCUUGCUGAUGACCCGGAAGCUUUUGCUGAGCUCAAGGUGAAGGAACUCAAGAACGGGAGAUUAGCCAUGUUCUCCAUGUUUGGAUUCUUCGUUCAGGCUAUUGUCACCGGAAAGGGUCCUUUGGAAAACCUGUCCGACCACCUUGCUGAUCCCGUUAACAACAACGCCUGGGCUUACGCCACCAACUUUGUUCCCGGAAAGUGAGAGAUUUGAUUGAUGAUAUGAUAAUUGGAAUUUUAUUUUUUUUAGGUUUGUUGUGGUGUUUUUUGUGAAUAGUGGGAACCAUUGAGAUGAGGUUGUGAGUUGGUUUUUAUCUCUUGUAUCGUGGUUCCAAAAAGUGUUUGUUCUUGUGGACUUGAAAGGAAGAAAAAGAGUUAUUCCAAUUGUUUUGGGCCAUUUACGUUCUUUAUUAGUAAUUUCUUUCAUUUUCAAUUAUGAUGAUUGAUGGCUAUUUCCUUUUUACUAAAUUGUUAACUUAAAAAUAAAUAAAUUGUUAAUUAAAACAUCCAUGCUCUUAACAACAAUCCUCCACCUGAUACUCCCUCCCAGCCUUCCUAAUCUUACAAUAGAGUAUGUUGAUAAAAAGGUUUUUAACUUUG